ACAAAAUGAUCAUAAAUCUUUCAUUUAUAACAAGAUAGUCAAAAAUCUUUUUGUGAAUACCAAUACAGUCAUCUCCAUCCCAAAAUUUAACAUAUUGCUGACGUGACUUCCAGCUAAGCAUCCCAGUCAGCCAAUAUUUAAUAAAAAUAUUAAUUAAUAUUAUUUUUUAAAUUAACACACAAUUAAUUAAAUUAUUAAAAACAAAUGAAAAUAACUUUCACUUUCCUCUCUUCGCCGCUUCCCUGAUCUCACCGCCGGCAAUCCUUCUCGCUGCUGUCUUUCUUUUUCUUCAGGUUCACAGUCUCGAUUCCUCGAAUCAAUUAGUGGUGGCGAUUUUGAACGUUGAUUUUGAUUUCUCCCUUCCAGUUAGAAUCGACCCACGCCAGCAGAGAAACAGAUAUCAGGAAUUCGCCUCCAGAAUACUCAACGAAAGCUGGGCUUUUUGAAUCCGAACAACCCCUUGGAAAUCUUCGAGCGCGCACUCUUCCGAGUGCCGGAGAGGAAGCGAUGUCCAGAUCGAGUAGUAGCAGACAGCCCGAACCCUCCUGAUGAAACGGCGGUAAAGUAACUAAUCGGAGCCGGGAAGAUUAUGCUGGAUACAGACCCGUUCGCCGGCGAGAAAUUCGACCCGCAGGAAUCGCUAGACGACCAUCUCGUCGAUAGGGAAAUGAAGCUGCAGAUGAUGUCGAAGGAGAUCGCGGCGUCGCUCGAGGAUUUUUUUUUACGGAAUUUUUGGGUUGACUGUUAAUACUAACGAUUAACUCUUUUACAAUUAAUGAAUCAGCGCAAAAAGCUGAUGUGGCCGCCAUAUCAUUAAAUAUUGAUAAAAAAAUUCAAUUUCAAAAUUAGAUUUAAAGAAAAGGUAAAUGUAAAAUAGAAUAAUCACACAACAGCCGUUGGCCGUGCCAAAAAAAUCCCCAGUCACACUCUCCCUCCCUUCUUUGACGCCCUUCCAUCGACGUCCGUCCGACUCACCGCAAAGUUCGUCUUCGUCGUCGCCUCGUUCAAUCUCGAGCUAACAUAUUUCUCCGAAAAAUCCUCUUCUCCGAUGGUCCACCUUCCUUCCACCCGCUUCUGGUUUUCAUUUCAGAAAUAGAUUUUAAUGAAGAUUGCUGAAGUGGCGCUCCGAACCUAAAUCCAAGCUUGAUCCUCUCGCGGCAGCUCGCCUCAUGAGAUUUCAGAUGAGGACCCAUUCUCGGGGUGUCAACAUCCUGUUGCUGAAUUCUUGGGAAGAAAGGAUUGAGAAGAUGAAGCUCGAGAAAGAAGUGAAGAGAAAGGAGAGAAGACGGUGACGUUUCAAUAGGAAGGCUUCAGCAUUAGAUAAAACGCAGUCGUGUGGUUUACUUUUGCUAGCCGUUAAUCAACAGUAUUUUGGUUUUGUAAUUGCCAGUGUUUCUGUGACACGUGGCUAAGUUUGUUUAGAGGCUUUAAACUUGAUUAAGCCGUUAUAUAAAAACAGAGAACAACAACCCUUCUUCCUUAAGGGUCUGCCUUCACAAAACCUACUAUCUCUCUACUUUUACAAAGUUCUUAUGGUAUCAGAGCGGUGACGAUCUAGGGCAAGCACAAUGUCGACCGGUACACCACCUUACACGCCGCCCCAUGGACGAGGAAAUGGAUCUGGAGGAGGAAAUGGGUCCAGUGGAUCAACGGCAACCAAUUUCCAGUUUGGAAGCCUUGAUGCUCAGCAGCUGAACACUGGACAACCAAGAUCUGAGGUAAUUACCUUUGGGAAUCCGUUCUAUCUGAAUCCAAAUGAAGCCCUCAACCAGUCUAUUGGGUCGGAAGUGUUUGAUGGUACUAAUUAUACGAUGUGGAGUAGAUCUGUAGUGAUGGGUUUGAAGAUGAAACACAAAAUGGGUUUCAUCGAUGGUAGUAUACCUAUGCCUCCUGUGAAUGAUGAUAAAUAUCUGUUACGGGAUGGUUGUAAUACUACUGUUCUAUCUUGGAUUCUCAACUCUCUGCACAAGGACUUGAGAAGAUCUGUUAUGAAUCAUGUGAAUGCGAAAGUCUUGUGAGAUGAGCUGAAACGCAGGUUUGGCAAGCCAAAUGCUGUGAGGAUAAUCAACUAGAGGAUGAUAUCCAACGUUGCAAGCAGGGUAAUAAGUCUAUUAAUGACUU